UAAUUGUCAUUGCACUUGGUUCUUCUUCCUUUCUACAGCUGUGUUUUUUUGUUUUGCUGUUUUAUCUUUUGGUUUUCAAAGAAUUAUGUCAGUGAACCUUUUCACACUCCCAUCUUCCUUGAAAAAAACUCAAUUCAUCAUCAAGAAAAAAUGGCAUCUCUGCAGGAAUUACUAGCCAAAGAAGGAUUUGAGCGCGCCAAAAAUACUUCUCAAAGACAGGUAAGGUUUCGCGAUAGAAGCGUAGCAUUACCACCCGAUGAGCCUUCCAAUAUUGCCUUGCCUAUAUAUAUCUGCCAUGACCGGAAAAGCUAUGAUAAGUACUGGAAGCAAAAGGAUCCCCCCAAGAAGAGCAUUUUGCGAAAAGGGUCUUCUACUUCUUCUGUACUUUCUUCCAAAAGAGCGAGUACUUGUGCUGAUUCAACACGGCUAUCCAAUUCUAUUUCCAUGUCAAUAAGAGAGGAGGAGGGAGAGGACCGUGGUGGCAGUGGUGGUGGUGGUGCUCUCUCUCCUCCAAUUGUGAAAAGAUCAGAAGAAGAACCCGCAAUUGAUGAAGUUGCCAUUAGAGCGGUGGUUUCAAUUUUGAGCGGAUACAUAGGCCGAUAUCUGAAAGACGAAAGUUUUCGUCAGAGCAUUAGACAGAAGUGCUACUAUUCUUGCUUGACAAGAAGGAGAAGAAGGAGCGAUGAUGAUGAUAAGGAUUAUUCAGAUAAUGGGAUUUUCGCCAACAUGGAAUUGGGAAUUGAGAGUAUUGAGAAAUUAGUCGAAACUAGUACUACCAGUCCUGCCCCUGCAAAGCAAGAAUUGAGAAUGAAAUCUUUGCGAAAUUCAAUUAGGCUUUUGAGCAUUGUUGCAUCCCUCAACAAUUCUAAAACCUCAAUGCAUGGUUCCACCUGUGGAACCCCCAAUUCUUAUCUCUCUGCUUGUGCUCAGCUCUACUUAUCAAUCGUUUACAAGAUGGAGAAGAACGAUAGGAUUUCAGCGAGGCAUCUCUUGCAAGUGUUCUGCGAUUCCCCAUUUCUUGCGCGUACUGAAUUGCUUCCCGAGCUUUGGGAACAUUUCUUUCUCCCCCACCUUCUCCAUCUCAAGAUUUGGUAUGCUAAACAAGUAGAAUUUCUGACACCAAACUCCGAAUUUGACGAACAGAAGAAGAUGGAAGCUUUGACAAAGGUCUACAAUGACCAAAUGGACUUGGGAACUGCUCAAUUCGCUCUUUACUACAAGGAAUGGCUCAAAAUUGGUUCCCAACCCCCUCCUGUUCCGUCAGUGCCUCUGCCUUCAAGUAUUUAUUCAACUUCAAUGAGGCGCAGAUCAUCAGAUUCUUUCUCUUCGCGUGAAUCCUCCAUCAAUAAAUCCAAUUUAUAUCGAGCUGUUUUUGGCCCCACGCGGCUUGAGAGGAGGUCUAUGGUCCUUGAUGAUCAUAGAAAUCAUGCUUUUAUGAUCAAUAAAUGGGAUUCGGAGGAAGAAGAAAAGGCUUUUACACAUGAAGAUAAUGUCAAGCAACAUCAAAGAAAUAUGGGGCAUAGAAGAUCAUCAAGCCAAAUUUAUAGAAACCAGAAAGCUGAAGUGUGGCCUGAGACACAAAAACAAGACUAUUUUCGGUUUUUCACCUGUCAGAGCGAGCCAACAGAAUGCAUGGUACGUGGCAGUCAUCAACAGGGAAGUAUUAGUACUAGUAAUGAUUCAAUGAGAACAACAAAGAACACAACCCAUCUUCCUCCCACUGAUCUUAGGAGGGCAAUAAACACGAUUAGCUCAUCAGAUAGCCUAAGCGACUGUGAAGUAGCAAUUCGCGUGAUUACCAAAAAUUGGUUAGAUUUUCAUGGAGAUCCCGCUAUUGAGAAAACACUGUCGAAGCCACCAGUAAUCGGGGGAAUGCUAGAGGUUUUGUUCUCUUCCAAUGACGAUGAGAUUCUAGAAUUAACAGUCUCCGUUUUAGCAGAAUUCGUGAUGAGGAAUGAGGCGAAUAGGCAUAUAAUAUUAAACUCAGAUCCACAACUUGAUAUAUUCAUAAGACUAUUGAGGAAUAGUAGUCUAUUUCUAAAAGCUUCUGUUUUGCUUUACCUAGUGAAGCCAAAGGCAAAGCAAAUGAUAUCAAUUGAAUGGAUUCCACUAGUCCUCCGCGUGUUAGAGUUUGGGGAUGUGUUGCAGACUUUAUUAUCCGUUCAAUGUAGUCCUCAAGUGACCGCAUAUUACUUUCUAGAUCAGCUUCUUACUGGUUUUGACGAAGACAAGAAUUUGGAGAACGCGAGGCAAGUUGUUUCUAUAGGGGGAUUGAGCUUGUUGGUGAAAAGGAUUGAGACCGGGGAUGUUUGUGAGAAGACAAGAGCUGCUUCAGUUAUUUUCUGUUGUAUUCGAGCUGAUGGAAGUUGCCGGCACUACCUAGCUAACAAUUUGAACAAGAGUUGUAUUCUUGAACUCCUUGUUCUCGGAAAGCACUGGAAUUCUCAAGGCCAUGCUUUUGCAUUGCUAACUGAGUUACUUUGCCUUAAUAGAAGAACUCAGGCGACAAGAUUUUUAAAAGGAUUACUAAGUGGCUGGGGAAGCUUGAACACAAUGCAUAUAUUAUUUGUCUAUCUCCAGAGGGCUCAAGUUGAAGAGCGCCCAAUGGUUGCAGCCAUAUUGUUACUUCUUGAUCUUCUGGGAGAUCCUCUGAAGUGCAGUGUAUACAGACAAGAGGUAGUAGAGGCGAUAAUUGCGGCUUUGGAUUGUGAAAUGUGUAAUGAAAGGGUCCAAGAGCAGUCGGCCAAAGCUCUAUUGAUAUUGGGGGGACGGUUCUCAUACACGGGAGAUGCGACAACAGAAAAAUGGCUUUUGAAGGAAGCAGGCUUUGACGACAGCUCGAGUGAUUCAUUUCAAGGAAAGGAUAUAGUCAUUGCAGAGUUGAUCCACUCGAAUGAAGAGGAUGAUGCAAUGCAAAAUUGGCAAAGGAAAGCAGCGAUAGCGUUGCUUACCGGCGGCAACAAGGGACUGCUGGCUGCACUUUCUGACUCAAUAGCCAAUGGCAUCCCGUGUUUGGCACGUGCGAGCCUUGUCACGGUGUCAUGGAUGAGUGGUUAUCUCCAUUUGAUUUGUGAUGAAAAUCUUCAAUCAGAGGUGUGCUCAAUCCUCGUUCCACAUCUGAUAGAAUCCUUGAAUUAUGACAAAGCUCUUGAGGAAAGGGUGCUUGCUUCACUCACCUUACUAACUCUCACAAAGACUUCAGAUGAAUGUUUGUCUAAAUUCUCACUCACGGAUAAAGGUCUGAUGGACCAUCUUCGGAAUCUAUCACAAGUGACAUGGACAGCUAGAGAGCUUAUUUCGAUCAUCACAAGCAUCGGUGUCUUGUCCUAGCUAGCUAGACAAUCAUCUGGUUGAAGAAAUUACAACUGAUCACUAGAAAAUUCUAAACUUCAUGCGUCUAUCAAGAGACUUGUGUUGUGUUAUAUCUUUUCACUAUUAAAGGCUGUGUUGCAAAACACUUAUGUUGUUUUGCUUUUUGUUUUCUAUUUGUUUAUUUAUUUUUUGUUUUUGUUUCCUCUUUCUUAGCAUAGUUUCUUUAUAAUUGCUUUUGUAAAAGUGAUCAGGAGUACUGUUCUGUAAGUAAAAGAAAAACAAAAAAAUGAUUCUCCAAAUGAAAUUUGUAGCUAUGAACGAAGGAAUGUAAUAUAUAUCAGCCUUAUUCUAC